AUGUCAAAAAUUUGUAAAGUGUCUAGGUAUAAAAUAAAUUUGAAACUUUUCAUCACAAUCACUAUGUCCAAUAUCGAAGAGAGUACAUUAGAUACUAAGGUAAAGGUAAAAGAAAUUAGAAAGGACCCUACAACAUUCUUGCCAGAAGAGCCAAUGUCAUAUGAAAUAAAACCAAAAAAGAAAAAAAAGAAAAAGAAACAAGAGGACCCAUUUAAAGAUAUUGAAGAAAAAGUGAAGUGUCCAACUAUCAACAUUUUUGAUCCAGAUUCAGAGAGCAUCUUAGACCCGGAAGUUAAUAUCAAAGUGGAAAAUAUUGAAGUAGAACUUGAUUUCAAUGAUUUUGCUAAUGAUAAUGGACUCAUGGUUCAAGGACCCAACAGCAAUGAUGGACAUCCAGAGCCGUUUGUUAGAUUAGAGCAAGAAAACAGGGAAGCAGUUUUGCUUACAUUUGAAAAGAUCAUUCAUGAUGCACCUGUUUCAAUACCUGAUGACACUGAUAUUGCCCCUAAUUAUGUCUGCAAAGUUUGCCAUCUAGUCUUUCAGUCUCCAAAAACACUGAAAAUGCACCAGCGAAGGAAACAUAAGGUAUACCGAAGAACUUUGAAACAUAUUUGUGAUUACUGUGGUAUGGCAUACGAAUCUAAAAAUAGUCUAGUCGCUCAUAUUAAGAGAAAACAUGGUCCAGAUUCAAUCCCAGAUGAUAGAGAAGAAAGAACUUGCGACAUAUGUGCAUUGGUUUUUAAAGGGAUGCCCAGGUUACGCAUGCACAUGCGCAGAAAACAUGGAUCAUUUCAAGAUUCCUUUAAACAUGUUUGUAACGAAUGUGGUCUUACUUAUGAAAAAUAUAGAAGUUUAAUAGUACACACACGGAGAAAGCAUUCGGGAAUUGUACCAGUUGAAAAUCGGUACUUCAAUUGCCCAUUUUGUCCUAUGGUAUAUACAAAACGGGAAACAUAUGCAAGACAUGUGCAUAGAAAACAUAGGAAAAGUGAUGAUGAGCCAUGUUCUAUAAAGACAGAAAAUAUAGAAGACUCUGUACAAAAUUCUGCAAGCGGACAUGUUUAUUGCUCUGAGUGUCCAUUAGUCUUUUCAUCUCUAAGUUAUCUCAAACUGCAUAUGCGGAGAAAACACAAUGCAAUGAGAGAAGACUUUCGUUUAAAAUGCAAAAUUUGCAACUUGUCAUAUGACAAAAUUGAAAGCCUGAAACGGCAUGUACGCAGAAAACAUGAUAAUAGUUCAUAUUGUGAUAUUUGUACUAAACAGUUUGAAAACCGUGAAGACUAUUUAAAUCACACUCAUGCCAAAACUGUGAGAGAAUGUCCAAUCUGUGGUCUUAUAUUUGCAUCUCAGAGUGGUCUUGGUAAACAUUUGAGAUGUUCACAUGAAAUUCCUCAACCAAAAACUGUAUUUUGCCACAUAUGUAAUGCUGCAUUCCAUACAAAGCGUCAAUUGAGGCCUCAUAUGUUAAAAGUUCACUUAAAAGUGUCAUAUACAUGUAGAUUUUGUAAAAAAGUCUUUACAGCAAAGGAGAGCUACAGACGUCAUAUUUUGGUCAAACAUGGAAAUAAUCAGGUAAAUAGCCCAUUACAAAACUGUGAACACUGCCCAGCAACAUUUCCAGAUGAACUGGAACUUAGUCGGCAUUGUGACUUAGUACAUAAAUUUGAGGGAUCCAAGGAGAUUUCUACUAUUGAAAUUAAAAAAGAAGGUGAGAUACAAAAUACAUACCAGUGUACCAAGUGCCCAGAAAAUUAUUACAGUUGGGAACAGUUAAAACAGCAUUAUGAAGAAAAUCACUAUGUGGCAACAGAAACGCAGUGUCAAGUGUGCGGAGAGUUAGUGCGUGACAAUGAAUUACCCAAGCAUAUUAAAUCACAUGAAGAUACUACAGUCCGCUGCAAAUACUGUGAUUUCUCUUCAAAUAAUAGGGCCAGUAUGACACAACAUAUGCUGCGACAUAAAAAUGCAACCACUUUACAUUGUACAUUUGAAAAUUGUAAAUAUAAUACUUUUUAUGAAGCUGCCAUGGAGAAACACAAGAGGAGGCAUUUGGAUCAGGGUGUUAAGCUGCAGUGCUCACAGUGUCCAUUUCAAACUAUGAAUAAGUAUAUCCUGAAGUAUCAUGAGGAGGCUCAUGCUACUGGAAAGAAGCGAUAUGCUUGCAACCAAUGUGACUAUGCGACAACCCUACCAGCUGGUUUAGUUCAACAUAAGUAUAAACAUUCCACUGAAAAGAGGUUCAAAUGUGAAGUUUGCCCAUUUGCUACAAAGUACAACACAUCACUUCGUUUUCACGUUAAAAAGAAACACUGUGAUCUACCAAUAUAA